GCCUUUCCUUCCUCCUCCCCCUCCCUCUCGGCGGCGCGGCGGGCGAAGGCGAGAGCGCUGCGGUAUUUUGUCCCGAGCGGCGACCCCUCCUCCGGGCGGGCUGCGGCGUGCGGCGGCCGCGUCCGUGGCAGCCGAGCGCUGAGGAGAAGCCGCGGCCGGCCCGGCGGCCCGAAGGCCGCCAGAGGGGGAGCCCGGGCCGCCCACGCGCGCCGUCGGAGAGGCGGACGCGCCAGCGCCCCGCCUGGCCGCCGGGAAGGUGGAGGAGGCUCCGCGCGCUGCCCGCGCCCCGGCCGCCGCCGCCGCCCCCCUGGCCCUGCAGCCGCCGCCGCCGCCGCCUCGGGCUCCCGCCGCCGCGGGCUCGGCGGCCCCGGCCGGGGAGGGAGGGCGGCGCGCGCGGCCGGAGCCGCCGGAGAUGGCGGGAGGGCACUGCGGCGGCUUCGGCGCGGCGGCGGCCGGCAGCGGCGAGAUCGUGCAGCUGAACGUGGGGGGCACCAGAUUUAGUACCUCAAGACAAACUCUUAUGUGGAUUCCAGACUCUUUUUUUUCCAGUUUGCUGAGUGGAAGAAUUUCAACGCUUCGGGAUGAAACUGGUGCUAUAUUUAUUGAUAGAGAUCCAGCAGCAUUCGCACCCAUUUUAAAUUUUCUUCGGACAAAAGAACUAGACUUAAGGGGAGUGAGUAUUAAUGUUCUCAGGCAUGAAGCAGAAUUUUAUGGAAUCACUCCAUUAGUAAGAAGGCUUCUCUUAUGUGAAGAAUUGGAGCGCUCAUCUUGUGGCAGUGUCCUUUUCCAUGGUUACUUGCCUCCACCAGGUAUUCCUAGUCGUAAAAUAAACAACACAACUAGAUCCUCUGCUGAUUCUAGGAAUGGACUGAAUUCUACAGAAGGUGAAGCUCGGGGAAAUGGUACCCAGCCUGUUCUCUCUGGAACUGGAGAAGAGACUGUUAGGCUAGGAUUUCCUGUGGAUCCACGAAAGGUGCUCAUAGUGGCCGGCCAUCACAACUGGAUUGUAGCUGCAUAUGCCCAUUUUGCUGUGUGUUACAGAAUCAAAGAAUCUUCAGGGUGGCAACAAGUGUUUACAAGCCCAUAUUUGGAUUGGACUAUUGAACGAGUAGCUUUAAAUGCAAAAGUGGUCGGAGGUCCACAUGGAGACAAAGACAAAAUGGUUGCUGUUGCCUCAGAGAGUAGCAUCAUCUUAUGGAGUGUUCAAGAUGGAGGAAGUGGAAGUGAAAUUGGUGUGUUCAGCCUUGGCGUUCCAGUCGAUGCUCUCUUCUUUAUUGGUAACCAGUUGGUGGCCACGAGUCAUACAGGGAAAGUGGGGGUGUGGAAUGCUGUCACUCAGCACUGGCAGGUUCAAGAUGUUGUUCCUAUAACUAGUUACGACACUGCUGGGUCGUUCCUUCUGCUGGGAUGUAACAAUGGAUCAAUAUAUUACAUAGAUAUGCAGAAGUUCCCUUUGCGAAUGAAGGAUAAUGAUCUUCUUGUAACUGAACUUUAUCAUGAUCCUUCAAAUGAUGCUAUUACUGCUCUGAGUGUUUACCUCACACCCAAAACAAGUGUCAGUGGUAACUGGAUUGAGAUCGCCUAUGGUACGAGCUCUGGAGCAGUGCGAGUUAUUGUGCAGCACCCAGAGACAGUUGGGUCAGGCCCCCAGCUGUUUCAGACUUUCACAGUUCACCGAAGUCCCGUGACAAAAAUCAUGCUCUCCGAGAAGCAUCUUGUAUCAGUCUGUGCAGAUAAUAAUCAUGUCCGGACAUGGACAGUAACGCGAUUCAGAGGAAUGAUCUCUACUCAGCCAGGUUCUACUCCUUUAGCGUCAUUUAAGAUCCUGUCUCUGGAGGAGACAGAAAGUCAUGGAAGCUAUUCCUCUGGAAAUGACAUAGGGCCUUUUGGAGAACGAGAUGAUCAACAGGUGUUUAUCCAGAAAGUUGUUCCCAUCACUAACAAACUGUUUGUAAGACUCUCAUCUACUGGGAAAAGAAUAUGUGAGAUCCAAGCUGUUGACUGUACUACAAUAUCCUCAUUUACAGUGAGAGAAUGUGAGGGAUCCAGUAGGAUGGGCUCAAGACCAAGGCGCUACUUGUUCACAGGCCAUACAAAUGGCAGCAUUCAGAUGUGGGAUCUGACCACUGCUAUGGAUAUGGUCAACAAAAGUGAAGAUAAGGAUGUAGGCGGUCCGACUGAGGAAGAGCUGCUCAAGUUACUGGAUCAGUGUGAUCUGAGCACAUCUCGCUGUGCUACUCCUAACAUCAGUCCAGCAACUUCCGUGGUUCAGCAUAGCCGUCUCCGUGAAUCAAAUUCUAGUCUUCAGCUCCAGCACCAUGAAACCAUCCACGAAGCAGCUACUUAUGGUUCCAUAAGGCCUUACAGAGAGAGUCCUCUGUUAGCAAGAGCAAGGAGGACUGAGAGCUUUCACAGUUACAGGGACUUCCAGACUGUUAAUUUGAACAGAAAUGUAGAAAGAGCUGUCCCCGAAAAUGGUAACUUGGGUCCAAUACAAGCUGAAGUGAAGUGGGCAACGGGAGAGGCUAAUGUGUCUGAGCGAAAGUCUCCUGGAGCAGAAGUAAAAAGUCUGAGAGAAUCAGAUAGUGGAUUGGAAGUACAUAAAAUAGCUGAAAGUUUUCUAGAAUCCAAGAAAAGGUCAUCAGAAGAUGAAAAUGAAAAUAAAGUGGAGUUAAGGAAGAAAGGCGGAUUUGAAGGAGGAUUCCUUGGAAGAAAGAAAGUUCCCUAUCUGGCAUCAUCACCCAGUACCUCUGACGGAGGAACUGACUCACCUGGUACCGCAUCCCCGUCUCCUACAAAGACGACUCCAUCUCCUCGGCAUAAAAAAAGUGAUUCUUUAGGUCAAGAGUACAGCUUAUGAAAACUUACCAAAAGGAGUAGUUGUUUUGUUAAUUUAGAUGAAAGUUAAACUCUACCGAACUUCAGUACAUUAGCUUUUACACCAAAACUUUACAAAUUAAAAUUGGACUUCGUUUAGUAUCUUUUUAACAGAAUUACCUGGAGUAAGGAGAUAACUAUCUCUUUUGACCUUUUGGAAUAUUUUUUUAGUUUUACAUAUACAUUUAACAGAUCAUUUGUAAAAGCAAGAGUCCAUUUCAAUGUUUAGCUACUCUGGAUUUUGGAAACCUAGUACCAUGUCUUAAUAAGAUGAUGCCCAUAGAGAUGAGCAUCCCCUUAGAGUGUCGGAACCAACAGACUGUAUUCCUAAUCUUGAUUAUGCCUGAGACUUGUCUUGCAAUGUUGUCUUCAGUGAAUUACAUAAUUCUCUUUGGAACUUGGUUUCUCGACCCUUAUUGUGAUUGCAAAGUGUUUACCAGAUAUUUAAUGAGGUGCUAUGUUUGUGAAAAAAUAUCAUGUCAUUGAAAAACACUAUUGAUGUUGAAUACCAGAUACACUGCGUAGUAGUAAGUCCCUUAGUAAUUUUAUUUUAAUUGUGGGUCAUUAAUUCUCACUGUUGGAGUUCUUAAAUCUUAGCAAGCAUCACCAAUAUUAAAUGCUGAAAGUCCAUUUAAACUUGCUUUAAAGUUGGAGCAGUUGUCUGUGUUUGAACAGAUGAAAUAAAAAUACUAAUCAAGGACAAAGCUUUGAGUGCCCAGAAGGGGAAACUACUAGUUGCUAGUCUGCCUUGUUUUAGGAACCACCGUAUUUUUUUUCCAGUGUUAAUAAUCAAGGUAAUUAAAUUAGAAUGUGGCCAUUUUGUUAAGCUUAUGAGACUACAGGUUAAAAGGUUUUGGCUGCUGUAAAAAUGUUUUGAAUAUAUUUUGAGUUGUAAGAACAACAGAAAAAUUUUUUUUACUUUUUUUUUCACUUAAUUGGAAUGAUUUUCUUUUCUGCAAGUAAAGUAAUUGUAAAUUUAAAGCAUUAUGCAUUUAUUGGUGAAUAAUGUAUAUAUUCCCAUUCCAAGAAAUAUAUUGUGAGUGAAGUUGAAAUAAAUUCUUUAAGGUUUACUAUAUUGCCAGUGGUUUCACAACAGUUCUUUUGUAUUUAUUUAUCAAUGAAAUCAAAUAAAAAUGAUUAAGACUA